GUAGAUAACUUUCUGUCUAUUUAGUUUAUUACAUGUUUGUCUUUGACUUUGUAAUUGUCAUUUAUUGUUACUUCAUUAUCUUCGCCUUGAAUUUAAUUUUGUAAGUACGAACAAAUUGUGAAAAUGGAGCCUGCUGGCCCCAGUGAAGUAAAUGUUCAGUUGAAGUUUAUUGAGAGUAGUCACGGCGGCGAAAUUUUGAUUCGUGGUGGCUAUAGAUACCAUCAUAAAAGGUGUAACAAAAGUGGUACAUCGGUCUGGACGUGUGCUAGAAGUAUUUGUAAAGGUUCGGUGGUAUUGGACGGCAAUCAUUCAAAAAUAAUAAGAGAAACCUACCAUAGUUGUGUUCCCGACUUCGAAAGUAUCGACAUUGAACAAAGUCUCAUAGAUUUAAAAAAAAAAGUUUCCACUGAUUACCGACCAAUACCACAAAUUUGGAAAGAAGAAAUGGCAAAGUAUAUGUCCGAGCCCUACGCUGACAAAUUACCAUCUUUUUAUCAAAAUAGAGACUGUCUUUACAAACACCGGCGUGCCCAAUGGGCCAAAGUUAAUGUACAAUCUUGUGACGACGUACAGCUACCAGAAGAGUUAGCCAAAGACUUUUUAUGCACAAAUAAAGGCGGCAUACUGAUUUUUAUAACACCUGACUCCCAAAACAAUUUAAAAAAUAUAGAAAAUUUCUUCAUGGAUGGGACGUUCAAAAUUACCCCCAAACCCUAUGUUCAAUUAUACACAGUUCACGGAGACAUCGGGAGCGACUUGGAGUUCACAAAAAUGGUACCAUUUUUUUUCGUAUUACUGCCUAACAAAAAGCAGCGAACCUAUGAAAUGAUGUUUCAAUCAAUUAAAGAACUUGUGCCUAACUUCAAUCCAAAAAAUGUUAAAGUGGACUUCGAAUUAGCUGCCAAGAAUGCCCUGCAAAUUGUAUUUCCUUCAACGAAAAUAACUGGUUGCUAUUUUCAUUUCUCCAAGGCAGUAUGGACAAAUGCAGGCGAAUUCGGUAUUUGCAACAGUCGGGACGGCUGCAUUUACGUCAGAAAAUGUGUUCAGUUAGCUCACCUACCUAAUUCGAAAAUUAUGGAAGGUUGGUUCGGUUUACAGGCGAAAGCACCGGCCAUCAACAAUAUUGGAACUUUUAAUGAAUAUUUAGAGGGUCAGUGGUUCACGUUUAAAAAUAUAGAUUUACUGUCAUGCUACAACCACCGCCACCGCACGACUAAUGUCGUCGAAGGGUGGCAUAGUAAACUAAACAAAACGAUAAGAAAUGAUUUAAAUUUAUUACAUUUCAUAUGGACACUUAAAGAAGAAGCAAUUUCGCAAGACUUUAAAUUUAGUCAACACGAAUUAAACCAUGACGUGUAUCGCAAGAGGGCUCGAAAAUAUAUCGAAAUUGACAAGAAAAUUCAAAGAAUUGUUAAUGCUAUGUUAGUUGGUGACAUAACCUUAGAUAGGUGCAUAGAUAAGUUGUCAUACUUAAAAUACUGACUUUCCUUAAGUUUAAACAUUAAUUACAAGCAGCUUAUUUUUCAAACUUGUCCGGUCACAUUGCCGCGGUGCCGUGUGUCUAGAUUAAGCUUUUUUUGUUGACAAUAAGUAUCAUUUAAGUUAAGUUUAAUAAUAUUGUGUGAGAUAUGCGUGAAAUGCUUCUCUCUAUUGUUUAUCUAUUUUAUACACUGUGCCCGUUAAUAACCCGAAAGAUUCUAACCACUUAUUAUCGUUAGACUAGGCGCCACAGUGGUAAAAUCGUCUUUGUACGGGCAUAUUUCAUUGAGUUACAAUAAUUUUUAUGUUUUUUUUUAAUUGGCAUUAACUCCGGAACUCAGGCGAAUUUGACCUAAAGUCAUAUAAUGUUUUUUCCUUUCUUUUGACCUCAGGAAUGCUUGUUAUGAAUCUUUCGGGUUAUUGACGGGCACGGUGUAUAUGAUGUUUAAUUCAAAAUUGGAUUUAGAAUAAAUGCUUAAAAAAUAUCGCCGUCGAUUUUUACUAACUUUUUACAGGAUUAUCAUGUAUGUAUUACAAAGUUCAGAGAACUUCAAACAAUGUAUUACCGAAGUGUAAGCAUUUUUUUUUGAUGUAGGUACAAAAAAACCUAACCUAGUAGAUUAAUAAAAUAACCUAAUCAGGGGCCUUAUUCUACUUUGGUUUUACACCUAUUGUACAGACGACCACAGAGCUGAGUGACCAUUGAAGACAAACUGUCAAAAACUGUCUCUGUCCCGCACGUGACAUUAAUAUGUAAAAUCUAUAUUCAUCUCUUUUUACAGUUUCUCAGUUCCGUCUUUAAUGGUCAUAUAGGAGUGUGGCCGUGUGUACAGUCGAGUUUAAUAGACAAUAAAGACGUUAAAAUAGACAAGGCACUAAAGUGUACUGUAGAGUGGGGGGGGAUCGUCCUACCGUCAACCUACUAACUUAGCUCCACUUUCACAUCUGACAUUCAUGUUUUUAAUAUAUGGGGGAUAUUCUAUUAUUUAAACAUUUAACGUGCCAGCACACGAUUAAAACCUAAAAAGUACACAUUUAUGAACUUGACUGUACCUAAUCUUAUUCUUUAUACCUAACUCUAAUGCCUGUGCCUUUACUAUAAAAGUCAAUAAAAUCCGUCACAACAUCGGUAAAACUCUGAUUUGAUUUCAAUCGGAAUACGACGGCACCCGAAGUGUCAAUCAAUUAUUGUUUUAAAUGAGUGACAUUUUCAUAUCCAUUAAUAUGGAAUUUUAUUAUUCAGUGUCAAAUGUCAAACCGUUUCGUUUCGUUCGUUUGUCGGGUACUAGGGCCGUUUCUCGAAA